AGGACCAAGUCGUUUCUCUCUCUCCAAGACGCGCCAACUAAGCAUGAGCUGUUAUUUGACGUCGUCUCCGUCACACUUCCCCAACUCACAUUCCGCCACGUGUCAUCCCUUAUUACAUCCUUCACGUGCUGUCAUGUCCUAAAGCCAUAUGUCUGCGCAGGUACUAAAUCCAACGGCUGAGAUUAGUUUAUAACCCCAUGAAAUUUAAUUUAAUAAUCCCCUAGUUGACGUGUUAGCUACGUGUUUAAGACGAGAUAAAAAAAUUAUAAAAAUAGACAAAAAGAUAUCUUUCGUUGGAACGUGAAAUAAAUAGCAUUAAUUAAAAAUAAAAACUAAUACUCCUAAAAAUAAAAAUAAAAGAAUAUUACCAAAUAUAACCCAGAAAAUAAAACUCAAUAAAUCAAUAUAAAAUCCCUUCUCUUUCGCAUUAGGGUUCUCUAUUUCCCCUCCAUCAUCAUCAUCAUCAUCAUCAUCAUCAUCACUCUCUCUUCGCUCCAAACCCAUAAAAAAGAUUCGAUUUUUAUGAGAAUUUUCCGAUAAUCAAUCUCACAUUUCAUCUUGAGGAUGCCAGCAACGGAGUACCAAAGAUCAUUCGGGAGGACGCUACUCAACCUACGCCGCGACUCGGUCCACUCGGUCGCAGAAUCCUCCACCACCGAGCCGACUCAGAUGGAGGCCGAGCUUGAAUCGUUCCAGAGAAGAGUCGCCGAGAGGUUCGCCGACCUCAACGCCUCAACCUCCGAGGAUCUCCUCUCCCUCGAAUGGGUCGGGAAGCUCCUCGACUCGUUCCUGUUAUGUCAAGAGGAGUUUCGCGUCAUCAUCGUCUCCAACCACCGCGAGCUCGUAGCCAAGCCUCCGAUGGAUCGGAUGGUAUCGGAGUAUUUCGACAGGAGCGUCAAGGCCCUCGACGUCUGCAACGCGAUCCGCGACGGCGUGGAGCGGAUCCGCCAGUGGCAGAAGCUGAUCGAGAUCGUCGUCUGCGCUUUCGACAGGACGAGACCUCUCGGAGAAGGGACCUUCCGCCGCGCGAAGAAGACGCUGAUUGAAUUAGCGAUCGGGAUGCUGGACGACAAGGAAGCUUCUUCCUCGAGCUCCGUGACUCAGCAUCGUAACCGUUCGUUUGGUCGGAACAAGGAGAAAACGAUCGGACAUUUCAGGUCGCUGUCGUGGUCGGUGUCGAGGUCGUGGUCGGCUUCGAAGCAGUUGCAAGCGUUGGGGAACGGUUUGGCUCCUCCACGAGCGGGGGAUGUUACCGCGACGAGCGGUUUGGCGGUUCCUGUCUACACGAUGACUUCGGUGUUGUUGUUUGUGAUGUGGGCCCUUGUGGCGGCGAUCCCUUGUCAGGACAGAGGGCUUCAGGUGCAUUUCAAUGUGCCUAGGAGUUUUCAGUGGGGAGGGUCGUUGAUGUCGUUGCACGAUAGGAUCAUUGAGGAGUCGAGGAAGAGGGAGAGGAGGAACAGCUGUGGGUUGUUGAAGGAGAUUAAUCAGAUUGAGAGGAGUUCGAGAUUGAUGGGGGAGUUGGUUGAUUCUGUUCAGUUUCCUUUGUCGGAGGAGAAGGAGGUUGGAGUGAGGGAGAGGGUUGAGGAGUUGGGGAAGGUUCAUGAAGCUUUGAAGAAUGGUUUGGAUCCGUUUGAGAGGAAAGUGAGGGAAGUGUUUCAUAGGAUCGUGAGAAGCAGAACAGAGGGUCUUGAGUCUGUUGGGGCAGCACCAUAGAUGAUGAUCAAAGAUCUAUUUGAUCCGUAAAAAUGUGAACUUUGUUUAUCAAAUGUUGGUUACGUUUGUAUCAGUGCCAAGAAAGCUUGGGUUAUAUAGAAGAUUGAUAAAGAAUUGGCAAAGCUUGGGUCGUAGAAGAUUGAUAGAGAAACUCUUUUUUCGAUCUUGGUCGUCAGUAUUGUAUAUCUCAACGCCAUGAAUGGCACCAAUGAUUGUUCUUGUUAAUUUCAUUUUGAAGAUUUGGUUUCAAUUUAUGUAACUUUUUGAGUAUAUGAUUAUAACAAGAGAAAUUUGUUCUUAGACUAUUGAAAAACACAGAAUUAUACAUUUUCAUUAUGUUCAAAUAAUGUUACAACUUGUUAAUUCGAAUCAUAGAAAGAUCUUGGGAGCUUGAAAUGCACAUUCUCGUCUCCACUUCAAGCACAACCUUGAAAACUCUUGACAGCAUCAAGUGAAAGGAUAAGCAUGUGAGCAACCUGCAUCCCCAAAAACAAAAUCUAAACAAGGAGGGCCUUAAUAUACAUUGGCUUAACUUUUGGAGCUAAAAGUUAAUGUUAGGCCAGAA